AUGUUUAAAGAGCCAAGGCGCUGGUAUUCCAAACAAGAGCCGCUGGACUGGCGCGAAGCUCUAGCACAGGCUGAGCGGACUGUGGGCUUUCCUACCUCCUUCUUGAACUUGCGGUGGCUCUUCAAUGACGAAAUCGCCAGCACCGCCAUACAUUUGAGGAAGCUGGUCGGAACAAACCACCCUCUCCUGAAAUCAGCCAAGAACCUCCUGAUCGGUUCCAAAAGCAACCUACAGUCGGUGGGGCUCAUCAUCCUUCUGGUCUCCAAAGCUGCUGGAAUCAACACUCGGGACUAUACUGAAGACCAAUACGACUCAGGGAUCUUGCACUCGCAGCGUGCCCUAGCCGAGAUAGUUGAGAUGAAGCGCACUGGCCACAUGAUCCACAAGACCAUGGCCAACCUGCAGGAGAAGGAGAAAUUCGGAGACAAGUUCCAGGACCUGCUCUGUGGGAACAAGAUUGUUCUCCUGUCAGGUGACUACUUGCUUGCCAAGUGCCUCGAACACCUCGGUGGCUUGCGGAACAACGAAGUGACUGAGCUGAUCUCCACCGGUCUCCGGGACCUCGUCGAAGGCGACUUUCUGGGCGAACGAGAUCCGGACAAUAAUCCCCUGCCCACAAAACCUAAAGCUGAAAACGUAGUCGAACGCUACGACUGGGAGAACGAGUACAACCUGGAGAAGCUCGGCAGCAACUCAUUCCUCGGGCAAGGCAAGGAGGAGUGGGUGCUCCGGACCAUGCUGCAGGCCGGCAGCAUCCUCGGCAAGGGCUGCCAGGGCGCCAUGAAGCUCGCGCGCCGCGGCGAGGACAUGGAGCGAAGCGCGUACAUCCUCGGCGGCCAUCUGGCUCUGUUGUGGCAGCUGUAUUUAGACAUAAAAGACUUCUUCAUUCACCCACAUUCGUACUCGCUCGUUGGUGCUCCUGUCAUCAUGGCUUUAUGGGAGUACCCUUCGAUCUACGGACAUGUUUGGGUGCCUAAAGUGGAAAAAAGGCCUAUUGAGAUGAAGCAGCUACAUUAUGCGGUACGCAGCACGCGGGCGAUGGAUUAUUUGACUGGGCUGUUGGACGAGGAGCUGUCGGCCAUUUUGAGAUACAGCGACCGGUUCCCGGUGGAGGACGCGCGGGAGGCGCUGCAGAACAUGGCGCGCACGAUCCACGGAGAAACGCUGCAGUACAUGGACAAGUGA